AUGAUUAAUAGUUUUAAUUAUGAUCCUUCCAAACCAAUUUGUGAGAAUGAUCACGUUAUGCUAAUAGAUCACAUUAAAAGAUGCUUCGUGGUAAAGGUUGAGAGAAACAAGCUUGUAAAAAUAUGUAAGGAUAAGUUUAAUAUCGGGACAUUAAUUGGACUAAAUUAUGGCCAAAUUUUCACCAAAAUUGAUAACGAGUGGAUUAAAGUUAAUAGAAAUGAUGAAAGCUUCAAGAGUUACUGGAGUUUGGUGGAACAGGAUUCUGACGAUUCUGAGUCUUUAGAAUCUCCAAUUUCAAGUGACAAUCGCACCUUUUUAGACCUAAACUCAUCUCAGAAACUCAGUGCAGAUGAUAUAAAUAAGAUGAAAAAAGAUAUAAAUCCUUCGGAGCUAAUAAGUAAAAUCGUCCAAAAUUCUGAAACCUUUCAAGCCAGAAACCAGUUUUCUAAAGAGAAAUAUAUAAAACGGAAAGAGUUCAGGUACUUGAGAUUUGAAUCUUUGGCAAUGAUGUUACACCUGGCCAAUCCACAAUUCGAUGAUAAAGUGAUUGUUUUCGACCACUCACUUGGUCUCAUCACUGGAGCUCUUGCUCAAAGACUUCAAGGUACUGGUAAGAUAUAUCGCUUAGUUACUAGAGGCGUUUCUGAUAAAAUUGUGCAUGAACUUGGCGUUAACCAUUUUGAUAACAUUAUUUCCGUCGAUUUCGAUCAAGUUAUGGCAUAUUCCGACGGUUCCAAAGUACAACUUAAUUCCAACAGUCAUGACAACACGAAUACUGUGGAUAAUAUAGAAGAACAUAAUUCAUCUGAGUUGGAGUUGGAAUCGUCAAACAGCACUGAAGAGGAGCUAGAAGUAAAGAGUAAAAAAAGGAAAAAGGAAACAAUUCCAGGAAUUUACCCAUUAACCAAGAUAACAGAAUCUGAACUUGAAAAUGUAAACCUUGUGAUUGGAAAUGUGUCAUUUAACAAGUGUAAUAAAGAUAACUCACUUGUUGAUACUUACACCAUUUCCUUGAUGGAAAUUGCCAACAAGUUCUUAAGAAAUGAUGGAAGAUUAAUUGUUUUCGGCCAACAUUUUCAACCUUUAUCCCACUGUUACUCAGUUUUGACCAGUUCAACUCAGUACAUUAAUGUAAAGCUGGAUGAAACUUUUAUUAGGGAAUAUCAAGUAUUCAAAGGAUUCAAUUUUAUUACUUUAGGUCAAACCGAUGUGUACUCAUCCUUUAAUUGGGAAAUACCGGCCUUGUUGUGGCUUCAUUUUAUCCGCCAUUAA